AUGGGUUUAACAAAGAGAAAGGACAUAGAUGCUCCGUCUUUUAAAAGUAUUUAUCAACAAAAUAAGCAGUACAUGCCAACACGAAAGCUGAUAACCGAUAUUUUAGUUGCAAAUUUCAAAAAAUCAGAAGCCAAAUUUGAGGAACUUUUUUCAUCAACCAAAGCAGAGUGGAUAAGCUGUGACCACACCUACAAAACAACUGCCAAUAUUGACUGCAAGCGGGAUAGUGAUGGGAAAUGCAUAACUCAGUACAAAGCGGUGUUUUGCAUCUUAAAUGAGAAAGGUCAGGUCGUGCAAUGGCAACUUACCAAUCAAGAAAAUUUUGAAGAAGUGUGUGAUAUGUUUGUUGAUAUGAAGAAAAAGUUUGAGCGAUCUGUGGAACUUGACUUGUUUCAUGCAGUACAAAGAGUAGUAAAAGAAGUUCCUAAAAGAAAACAUAUUUGA